AUGCCUAUGAUGCAAAGUGGGUUAUUUAGAUUUGUUUUGAUCGGACCAGAUAACGUCAUCAAGAAAUGGAUUGUUGAUUUCAAGGUGACAUCACCGGUUAUUGCCCAAACGGGUGAAGGUAAUGUAGAUGAUGACAAUGAAAGAUUCUGA